AUGUUAUUGAAUCUUGCAUUCACCAACGUCUGGCUCCUAGGAGCCUUGCCAGCCAUUUACUUGCUGGGCUGGAUCUUCUACACACUCACCUUCCAUCCUUUGAGCAAAAUUCCCGGUCCUUACCUUGCAAGAUUCUCACGACUGUGGUAUUUGCGCAAGAUCUGGACAGAGGAUGUUGAGAAGGAUGAAAGAGCUCUCCAUGCCACGUACGGUCCGCUUAUUCGCAUCGCUCCAAAUGAAAUUUCAUGUUCCGACCCCGAGGCUUUUACCACCAUCUACCGUUUCUCCAACGCUUUGGACAAAGCGCAAUUCUAUGAGCCCUAUAACACAACCGGCUUCAGCCCCCACGGUGACGUCUUUUCAUGCAAGAGUGACAAGAAGCACGGCCAGAGGCGCAGGAUCACUAGCAAUAUCUACUCAAUGACCAACGUGGCCAAAUCAGAGGAGUACAUUGACUCGUGCAGUGAUCUUCUCACAGAGCGGCUGGGCCAGUUCGCAGACUCUGGUAAACCUUGUGAUAUUGGCGAGUGGCUUCACUGGUACACUUUCGACAUCAUCGGUGAGCUCUUCUAUGGACGUGCGUUCGGAUUUCUUGACGAAGGCAAAGAUCAAAAUGACUGGAUCAAGUCCCUGGACAAGAUGAUUCCUUUUGUGUGCUUGAUGGGUGUUGCGCCGCCACUUCUCCGGCCAUUCAUCGGUCUAGGGACUAUGCUUUCGUCUGCUGGUAAAGAAAUUAGAAAGGGAGUUGAAAACAUUGGUGAAUCCUCUUCACGACUUAUGGAAGAAGCCUACGCCUCGCGUCUUGAAGCCCCUAGAACCGACAUGACGCAACAGAUCUUUGACAUCUACGAAAAGAACGGAGAAAAGAUGGACUACCGCUGGGGAGAUGUCGAGCAGGAGUCUUAUGGUGCGCUCUUUGCCGGUAGUGAUACCACCGCCAUUGCUUUCCGCUCGUUGUUCUACCAUCUUAUGCACAACCCCGAAGCUUACAGCCGCCUUGAGAAGGAAAUCGAUCAAGCAGUUGAUGAUGGUCGCUUGAGUAUGCCUGCAAGUUAUAAGCAAGCCAGCCAGCUCCCUUAUCUCUGCGCAUGCAUCAAAGAAGCUCUUCGUAUCUGGCCCGGCGCACAGCUUUCUCUGCCUCGAACUGUACCCCCGGAGGGCCUGACUAUCUGCGAUCAAUUCAUCCCUGGAGGUUACGUUGUUGGUAUCAACGCCGCCGUGAUGCAUUUCGACAAGAAGGUUUUUGGACAAGACGCGAACAGCUUCAACCCUGGCCGGUGGCUGAAUACAGCUCGUGCCAAUUACAUGGACAAGUAUAUGAUGGCUUUCGGUGGUGGCACUCGUACAUGUUUGGGCAAGAACAUUGCCCUCAUUGAGUUGCAUAAGCUGUCUCCUCAGCUUAUCCGCAACUUUCGGUUUGAGUUCUUCGACCAGAACAAGACUCAAUGGCAUACUAGGAACACCUUUUUUGCUCGUCAAGAAGGCAUUGUGGUGCGCGUCAAGCACCGAAAGCACUGA